CUACAAUAUCAUGACUUAUAAUAGUUCUCAAUCAUGGCUAGCAGUCUUGAUCAGCUCAUAAGAAACUGCGUCAGGGCGUUUGGAGUCCUGGACAUACAGCUGGAAAACCCGAGCAUCGCCAAUACUCCCAAAUCUGAUGCCGUUGUCCGUUUCAAGAACUUACAGAGUCGAUUCACUCGAUGGUCAAGAAAUGCUGGAGCACUUCAGGCUGGAGCAGACACACUUGAUCAGAAAUUACAGAACAACACACGUGUCAAACUCCAAGCUAUCCGGCUUUUGAGCCAUAGCGACGGAAAGCAGCCUUCUGAAAUUGAGGAUUUAGUUCAACUGGGUACUGUGAACAAGACAGAAUUUCCCGAAAGGACAAUAUGCCCUCUGUGUAAGAAAGGGCUACGAAACAUGGAAACAUAUCGAGACCAUAUUGGCAAGCAUCAGAAGCAGCUUGCACUCUUUGCUAUUCCCUUCGGCUUCACAUGCAGCAACUGCACGUAUGCCUAGGUUAGUAGUUUCUUAUGUCGGUUGCAAGAAAGGGAGCCGAACCCAAAGAUGAUUUC